UUGAAUUGCUUUGGAUAUCUCAAAAAUUGUUAUUACGCAUCGGUAAUUCAAUGGUCAGUUACUUUAUUAUUUGCUCAAUACGGGAAUUCAGAUGGUGUUCUUUCAAUCGAACUUUCUCGUUCCAUUUAUCAGUGGUUCGAUGCCGCAACCGGGGGUUUAAGUCUAAAUGCAGAAGCUGAGUUACAGCAUCGAAUUCAACAACACCAUCAACAACAACAACAGCAACAGCAGCAACAACAACAGCAGCAACAACAGCAGCAGCAACAACAGCAACAGCAACUCCAAGCUCAGCAACAAGCGUUGGCCGUGGCAGCUGGUUACAACUCACCCGGUCUAAGUGUGGCCAGUACCGUCGCGAACCUACAAGGUCAGGCCAAUGUGAUGAAUAGCACUCUGUCUCCGUCUUACGCAGCAGCUGCGGCAGCUGCAGCUGCAAAUGUAUUGCGCGCGUUCUCCGGUUCAACCGGCCAAUUGUCCAAUUCGAAUGUGGGAAACAAUCGAUCCAGUGGUACCGGUAACGGGACAUCUGGAAACAACGGAUCCCAAGUCGCUUCAAAUGGUUUACCAUCUGCGAGCACAGUCACCGUGACCCCGGUCAGCGCGUCCGGCACAAACAGUGUCCUGUCCCCGGCCAUGGCUCAGGGAUCUCCGGCCACGGCGAAUCAGCAACCCCUAGCAGCUGCUGUUGCGGCGGCUGCGGCAGCGGCUGCCGCUUCACAGAAUUUUCCCGCUCAAAAUGCGCUCAACAAUGCGGCAACAUCAUACCUCCCCGACCUGAACGCUGCUGCUGCCGCGGCCGCCAUGGAUCCCUAUUUGAACCGUCUAACUGCCAGCUAUGCAUUGAACAAUACUGUGGUAACAACUCCGGCUAUUUACCGGACAAAUUCUACCUACCAAAGGUUCUCACCCUAUUGA